UACCACGGGCCCACCAGCACCGCCUACGAUGAUGACUCCCUCCCCCUCGUGCCCCCCGAGAACCCGAUCCAAGACGGGCCUCGCGCGGAGGAGUGCGCGCGCCAGUCUCUCUUCGCCGCCGCCGCGAGACAGAGGCAACUGGAACGGCUGGACCUGGCCGCAGGCCGACUCGACUUCGAUGGCGUGGACCCGGCCCUCGGGAUGCACCUGCUGGCCAUCUACUGGAGCCGCCAGCUGUACACGGCCCAGAUCAUCUACCGCCCCGCGUUCAUGCGCGACAUGGCCCGCGGCGGGCCCUACUUCUCCCGCCUGCUGCUGAACGCCAUCCUGUUCGUCGUCUCCAAGCACGAUCCCCGUCCCGAGCUCUGCUCCGACCCCCGCGACAUCACCACCGCCGGCGCGCGCUUCCGCCAGCGCUUCACCGAGCUGCUGCGCUUCCAGUUCGACCGCAGCGAGAUCACCACCCUGCAGGCCCUGCUGAUCAUGUCCAACGCCCUCUUCUCGCGCUGCGACGAGCGCAGCCGCUCGUGGCUCUACGCGGGCAACUCCCUGAACAUGCUGAUCGACCUGGGCCUCCACGUCCUGCCGUCGGACGUCACCCGCAUGCCCCCCGAGGAGCUGGAGAUCCGGAAGCGCGUGCUGUGGGGCGCCUAUCUCAUCGAUAAGAUCCAGUGCCUCUUCCAAGGCCGACACCCGCUGCUGCGGCAGGUCGACUUCAACACCCCGCUCAGCUUCUGGGACGAGUAUGAUGAGCUGGAGGAAUUCCAGGCCAUCACCUACACCCCGACCGCGGGCCCUCCCGGGAUGCCCGCCCGGAAUGUCACGCUCCUCACCCACCUCUGCGAGCUGGCGCGCAUCAUCGAGCGGGUUGUGGGCGAGCUGUAUUCGGUCUCGACGCGGGACCGCCCCGGGGACUCGCGCCGGCAGGUGGCCGACACCAUCCAUGCCGACCUCGCGCGUUGGCGACGGGCGUUGUCGCCGGCCAUUGACUACCUCGCCGGCCCCAGCCCCGUGCCGAUGCCCGUGCCGAUGCCCGUGCCGAUGCCCGUGCCGAUGCCCGUGGCUCUCUACAAUGUGCUGGUCAUUCUCUCCAACCCCCCGCUCGUGGCCGACCGCGCGGGGGGAUCGAGUCGGGCCCGCCCGGCGCAGGAGUGCGUGGCCGCCUGCACAGGCGCUGCGAACCAGAUCGUGCAGAUUCUGCGGGACUACUGCCACCACUACGCCAUCUCCAGUGCCCCCUACAUGCUGUCCUACGCCACCUACAUCGCCGCCACCAUCCACGCCCGCAUCGCUGCCCAGACCGGUCCCGACUCUGGGGCCGCCCAGUCGCUGGGGUUCUGUCGCCGCAUCCUGACGGCGCACACCACCCUGUACGCGGCCGCCGGCAAGGCGCGGGCGAACCUGGACAAGCUCCUCGAGCGCCUCCGCGUGGAGAUCCCCGACGAGCCCCCCGGGGCGGUCCUCAUCGGGGACGGGAGUCUGCUCGGGCCCCCCCUCGCCGUGGCCUCCGUCGACCGACUGGACGCCAUCGAUCCGGCGCUGGGACGGGUCGACGGGGCCGGCCUGGACCGGGACCUGUCGGACCUGGAUCUGGAGGCGAUCGCAGAGGGGUUCCUCGUCGAUGGUGACCUGCACGAUUGGAUGCAGACGCUGUCCGGGGUGUGCCAGUGA